AUGGCCACAUCAAGAUUCAUCAAGUAUUUGGUAUUUUUGCUUUUUCUUAGUGUGGCAUUUUCCUCUAAAGCCAGCAGGUUCCCUCCACCUUCAGGUACAGACCCUAAUGCAGGUAUGCAUGGACGAGGCACUGGCAAUCUAGGACAUGGUGGAAAGGUUUCUUGA